AUGGUUGGACUUGGACCUAAGCCUCCCUUUCCCAGAAAGGGCACCGGAACCCUCGAUAACAUUCCUAAGGACCUUCGCAAGGAGAUCGAGCACCUCGAGCGCCUCUUCACCGUCGAUGGCGCCAAGCUCAAGGAAGUCACCAACCACUUCGUCAAUGAGCUUGAGAAAGGUCUUAGUGUCCAGGGAGGGAGCAUCCCCAUGAACCCUACCUGGGUCAUGUCCUUCCCCGACGGCAACGAAACCGGUACCUAUCUGGCUCUGGACAUGGGUGGUACAAACCUACGUGUCUGCCAAGUCACUUUGACCGAGACAAAGUCCGAAUUCGACAUCAUCCAGUCCAAGUACCGCAUGCCUGAGGAGCUCAAGACGGGCGACGCCGAGGAGCUGUGGGAGUAUAUUGCCGACUGCCUCAUGCAAUUCAUUGAAACGCACCACGGAGACCCAACCAAGCUCGAUGCGCUUCCCCUCGGCUUCACUUUCUCCUAUCCUGCGACACAGCACUAUAUCGACGAGGGCGUUCUGCAGCGCUGGACCAAGGGUUUCGAUAUCGCUGGCGUAGAGGGCCAUAAUGUUGUCCCCAUGUUUGAGGCUGCCCUCAAACGCCGGGGAGUGCCUAUCAAGCUGACGGCGUUGAUCAACGACACUACGGGCACCCUGAUUGCCUCGGCAUACACUGAUCCUAAGAUGAGAAUUGGAUGCAUUUUCGGCACAGGUUGCAAUGCUGCGUAUAUGGAGAACUGUGGCUCUAUUCCCAAGCUCGCUCACAUGAACCUCCCACCGGAUAUGCCAAUGGCCAUCAACUGCGAAUGGGGAGCUUUUGACAACGAGCAUAAGGUCUUGCCUCGUACUCCUUACGACGUCAUUAUUGACAAGGAUUCGCCGCGCCCCGGUCAGCAGUCUUUCGAGAAGAUGGUCGCAGGGUUGUAUCUGGGUGAAAUCUUCCGCCUCGUCUUGGUUGACCUCCACGACAACCACGAGACCCACAUCUUCCCUGGCCAGGAUAUUGCCAAGCUUCGAAAGGCCUAUAGCCUCGACUCGUCCUUCCUUUCCCUCAUCGAAGAGGAUCCGUUUGAGAACCUUUCCGAAACCUUUGAGCUGUUCCAGACCAAGCUGGGGCUUACUCCCACCGGCCCCGAACUGGAGCUGAUUCGUCGCACCGCCGAGCUAAUCGGCACCCGCGCCGCUCGCCUCUCCGCCUGCGGCGUUGCUGCCAUCAGCAAGAAGAAGGGAUAUAAGGAGUGCCACGUUGGUGCUGACGGGUCCGUUUUCAACAAGUAUCCCAAUUUCAAGGCUCGCGGUGCGCAAGCACUCCGUGAGAUCCUGGACUGGCCCGAGAAGGCGGACCCCAAGGAAGAUGAUCCGAUCGAGAUUCUCGCCGCCGAGGACGGAAGCGGUGUUGGUGCUGCCUUGAUCGCUGCCCUGACGAUGCAACGGAUCAAGCAAGGAAAUAUGCACGGUAUCCUGCACCCAGAGAACUUCAGAACUACCGAGCCUCUGCCUGCGUAA